CUUUAAUCUUCCAUUAUCAAUCCCAACCAAACUCUCCUUUUUCUCUGUUCAAUUAACUGACCCACCACCAUACCCAACUCAAACUUUUCAACUCUAUACUCUUCUUAAUUUCUUAGUUCUUGUCAUUCAAAGUUUGUUGUAGAACAACUUUGUCAAGUGUGUCGUGUUGUGUUGUGUUCUGUCUCAACUCAAAAAGCUAUGUACAUGAAGUGCCCAUCAUCAUUAACCUCCCAUUUUUCUCUCCCUCUCUCUCUCCUUAAAAAAAGCAGAUUAUUUUGCCUGCUAUUUCGUGCAAUUUUUCACUUCUAAUUUGACUUUACAUUCCCACAAAAACCAUCUUUUAAUACCCUAUACCAAUACCAUAUGGCAAAACAGCAAAACCAGGGAAAAGGCCAAGAGAGGGAAUUGGAACUCGAAAGUGACGAGUCUGAGGCUGAGAUUGAGGCCCCAUUGCCUCUAACUGUGACCUCUCGGGCUUUGUAUAUGUUGGGAGAUAUCACUGCAGGGCCUGCGUUUAAGUUCACGCAAUGGCUCCAAUUGGUUCGUAAGCGCACUGCAAAACAUCGUCCUUCUGGCUUCCCUCAUCGCACUUCCAUCACCAUGUCGUCUACUUCUUGCGUUAGCGAACGGUUGGAGGAUCCAAAAUUGGAGUUACACCCUGAUCAGACAGAAAUUAGAUUGUGGGAGAGGCUUGGGAAGGCUGCAAUGUUGGACAUUGAGUCGAGCUCUUUUUCUUGGGACAUGCUCUCUUCACUGCACCACACUGAACACGGUAGUAGCAAUGAACAAUCCGAAGAUGAGAUGAACAAAGCUCUCGAGGUAACUGUAAAUUCUGGAGGAGUUGUCUUCUUUGCCUUUUUCAAUCUGCCUGGGAAUGCCGAUAUUUAUCCAAAAGAAGCAGCAGCAGUUAUAAAGAUAUCACCAUCAAGAAUGGCAACACAGUCUGAACGCCUUGGCUACGAAUUUGCCAAGUGGUUGGGAGUCCAAACUCCACAGAUGCAGUGUAGAGUCAUUCACAAUACCAGUCAUGAAUGGCAACAAAUAAAGGAAGCUGCGGAAAGAGCCAGAGAAGCAGCAAAUUCUGAGGGUGAUGAAAUUGGCGAGGUGACAUGUUUUGAACUUUUGGAAGCACUCGAGCUCAGCCGGUGUCUCUUUUUUAUGAGUUAUGUACACGGUUCACCCUUGCUUGAAAGCUCUACAGCAUUCAAGUCAAAGGAAUCUGCAGAAAGAACAUCAGAAGCUCUUGGCAGGGUGCUGAUGCUGGACCUUGUCAUCAGAAAUGAAGAUAGGUUGCCUUGCCGUGAGCUUAGAUGGCGUGGGAAUCCAGCGAAUUUGUUGUUGGCUGGAAAGACUAUCUGUGCAAAUACAGAUGUGCUAGAAGCCGCUGUUGAUUCUGCAAUUGACCGAUAUAGACCAAAGAUGAUAUGGGCUUUUCAGAAAGAAAGAAGGUCAACUUCAGUAGAUUGCAGACUCGAUUCUCACGAUCCUGGUUUGAUAUCACAUUCCCCUGAUCUUUCAGAUAUCUCAGAAUCUCCAAUAUCUCUUGACAUCAACCAUAUAAGUCAAACAUCUGAAGAAUCACUGUCUCCCGACAUUAACAUAAUAGCCAUUGAUUCUGGUGUUCCUCGGCGACCCCCUGCUGGAAAACGUGCAAAUGAUCAGGUUAAUUACCCUAAGUUGAUUGAGUUGUUACUCAACAGUUCUGAAUUUGCCUCAAACCUGAUAUAUGAUGUAACUGGAGGGAAAUUAGGAUGUCCUCCAUCAGAAGACAUGGACAAAACUGAUAUAUAUGCGAACGAUGUAAUGUCUGUAGUUCAUGCGUUCCGCGCUGGUUUCCGCGCUGCUCUCAGGGAUCUGCAGGGAUUUCACAUAUUCCUACUCACACUUCACCAAAGACUUGAUACCUUGUUACGAUCAUUUAUGAACAUUAUGAGCAAAAUAUCUUUGGGAGAAUUUGACAAAGAAGAUGCUGUAGUUCCUGACUCACCUUCACUAGCAGUUGGUGGGCAUUUUUACUCGCCAUCAUGUAAAGAGAGGCUUGGUAAUGAUAACCAUCAUGAUUUGAUUGAUUCAGAACCACAGAGAACUGCUUCAAAAGCAUCACCUUCAGGCAACAGAGAUUGCAGUGACUUUACUCCUACCCCAAGAGAAUCUUGCCAUGGAAAGUUCUAUAGAGGAAAUGGGGAACCACUGCGUAGUCUCCGUUUGACUACUAAGCUCCGUGACUUCCAUAAAUUUGCCAAGGUUGAUGCUGAAUCCAGUAGAGAAUUGGAACAAUGGAAUGAAAUGCUUAAAAGCGAUGCCAUCAAACUAUGCCAGGAUAACAAUUUCAAUCCAGGAUUUUUUGAGGGUAGUGAUAAUAACUGUGCUGUUGACGCAUAUGAACUUAAGAUACGACUUGAGCAUAUUAUCGAGAGAAUUGCAUUGAUAUCAGAUGCUGCAAGUACUGAGAAACCUUCAGCAGUGACAAGUAGUCUGUUCAUCGGUGGAGCAUUGGCUGCAAGAUCUGUUUACACACUGCAGUACUUGGGAAUCACAAAUAUUUUGUGUUUGUGUACCAAUGAAAUUGGACAGUCAGAAACUCAGUAUCCUGAUCUAUUUGAGUAUAAGAAUUUCUCUGUAUGUGAUAGUGAUGAUUACAACAUCAGCGGCAUAUUUGAAGAAGCAUGUGAUUUGAUAGAUCAUGUUGAACAAACAGGUCAAAAAGUCUUAGUUCACUGCUUUGAGGGGAAAAGCCGAAGUGUUACAUUGGUCCUCGCAUACUUAAUGCUCAGGAAGAAGUAUACUUUAUUAGAAGCAUGGCAAGCUUUGAAGCGAGUUCACUGUCGAGCACAACCCAACGACGGUUUUGCAAAGACCCUAUUGGACUUAGAUCAGAAACUACAUGGAAAGGUUUCGAUGGAAUGGCAUCAGCGAAAACCAAUGAUGAAAGUUUGCCCAAUAUGUGGGAAGAAUGCUGGGCUAAGCAGUAGCUCACUCAAGCUCCAUUUGCAGAAAUCACAUAGAAAGCUGUCCUCUGGAAGUGUAGAUAGCGCCAUGACUAUGGAAAUCGAGAAAGCUUUGACAGCUUUGAAGAUUAGCCGUGGAGGGAGUGUCAGCCCCACACAAAGAUAAUCUCAUCCAAUAAUAGAUCAAUAGAAAUUGUAAAUCCAUAGAUCUUACGCUGCCAAUUAUCAGCAGGUUAGAGUAUCUCCCAAAGGGUACCAAGUGCAAGUUCUAAAAGUAAAUCAGAAUCAAGCAUAUCCCAUUGGGAGAAUUUGUACUAUUUCAAUUAAAAAACAAUACAUUUAGAUAAUUACUUUUUCAUACUAAAAUAAUGUUUUUGUAAUUUUUUAUAUAUAAACAUAUUUAUACAUUGACGA